AAAGGGGAUGGAGGAAGGGAGGUCCCGGCCCCUCAGAGCGUGAUUUUGGGGCUGCCCGCGGUGUGUUUUGGGGUCCUGGUGUCCCCAAAGCGCCUCAGGGAGGUGUUGGUCGGUGCCCGGCUGGGCGCUGUUUGGUCUGGGGCACCCGCGCUGCUGGUAAAACCCUGGGCGUCCUUCCCCCCCCGGGAGCAGUGAGGAGCAAUAAUUUGCUUUAAACUCGGCUGAAGGACUCCUAACAGCCUCGUAAAGUUGUUGGAGGAAUCGGCUGCGCAGCCGGCGUUCAGGAGUAUUUCCUCUGAACAUCCAUGGAAGAGUAAAAGGAUUUGAAAGCUGCAUUCUAGAGAAAUUUGUCGUUUCUGUUACGCGAACAAUGCUGAAAUUUCAAGAAACUGCGAAGCAUGUCACUGUGGGCAGAUCUAAUUCUGCUUGCUCAGAUGCUAUGAUUGCGAGAAGAUACACUAUUGAGAGGAAACUUGGCAAUGGAAGCUUUGGAAGUGUGUAUCUGGUUUCUGACAAGAAAGCAAAACAAGGAGACAAAUUGAAGGUCCUGAAGGAGAUCUCUGUUGGAGACCUAAAGCCUAAUGAAACAGUUGAAGCAAAUCUGGAAGCACAACUACUCUCCAAAUUAGACCAUCCAUCCAUUGUCAAAUUUUAUGCAAGCUUUGUGGAGCGAGAUAGUUUCUGCAUUAUCACAGAGUACUGCGAGGGUGGAGAUCUAGACUUGAAAAUUCAAGAGUACAAACAAUCUGGGAAAGUAUUCACUCAAAGACAAAUAAUAGACUGGUUUAUACAGUUGUUACUUGGAGUCAACUAUAUGCAUGAAAGGCGAAUACUUCACAGAGAUUUGAAAGCCAAGAAUAUAUUUUUGAAGAAUAAUCUUCUUAAAAUCGGGGACUUUGGAGUUUCUCGUCUUUUGAUGGGUUCAUGUGAUCUGGCAACUACAUUUACUGGAACACCGUACUACAUGAGUCCAGAGGCACUGAAACACCAGGGCUAUAACACAAAAUCUGAUAUUUGGUCUCUGGGAUGCAUUUUAUACGAGAUGUGCUGUAUGGACCAUGCAUUCUCUGGACAGAAUUUUUUGUCAGUUGUGCUAAAAAUUGUAGAAGGUGAUACACCUUCUCUUCCUGAUAGAUAUCCAAGCAAACUGAAUGCAGUGCUGAGCAGCAUGUUAAGUAAGAAUCCUUCGAUGAGACCAGCAGCAGCAGAGAUCCUAAAAAUCCCUUAUGUUGAUGAACAACUAAAGAAUAUGCAGUACAAAUACUCAAAUAUGAAUGUGAAAGACAAAGGGCUUAACUGGCAGAAAGAAGCUGCUCCCAUUUUUGAUGCUGUGCAGAGGAAAGUUCAUUUGCAGACUCUACAGGAACUGUCUGAAGUUCAGAAAAUGACACCACGGGAAAGAAUGAGGCUGAGGAAGUUAAAUGCAGCAGAUGAGAAAGCAAAGAAGUUGAAACAGCUGGCAGAAGAAAAAUAUCAAGAAAACGUCAAAAGAAUGCAAGAAUUCAGGUCCCGUAAUUUUCAGCAGCUGAAUGUCGAUGUCCUACAUGAAUCUGAUGAGCAGACUUCAAAACUGCUAAUUCAUUCUGAGCCAGUCAUGACAUGUGACUCUGCGUCCAUAGGAUGCGAUAAACAAAGUGGAAAUGAGAGAUCAAGUCAACUCUGCAUGUCUAAACUUACAGACUAUGAGAUCCCUGAAGACCCACAAAUUGCAGAAGAAUAUUAUAAUGAUGAGUUUGAGUCCUGUUCAGAAAGCAGUGAAGAAGAGGAGGAUGUGGAAGCAUCACAGACUGUCUCCAAGACAAAUCACCAGGACAGUGAUGUUGAGGCAAUGGUCAAGUAUUUGGAGAGUGUCCUGAAUAACAGCUCAUUGGGCUCGGGAACUGUCACCAGAGUGGCUCCAGGGACUCCCCAGGGAUUCAGAGCUCUCAACAGCACUAUGGCUGAGACCAAGCUGAAACGCAUGAGGGAAUCUGCCAUCCAGAAGCUGGGAGCGGAGGUGUUUGAGAAAGUGUACACCUAUCUGAAGCAAGCAAGAGAGCAGAAGGCCAGUGAGGAGGAAAUCAGGAGAUACCUGGAGAAAAUGGUUUCCAGAGCAAGUGAUUGCUUUGAGGUGGAUCAGCUUCUCUACUUUGAGGAGCAGCUACAGGAUUCAGAAGCACAUCUUCAGCUGUAAAAUGUUUGACAGUAACAGUGCGGGAAGCAGAAAGGAGGACUGAAAGUGGUGAGCUGCCUUCUUCAGGCCAGCAAGCAAAUCCUAGAGGUAUUUGGAGGAAACUACUGAAGGUAACUCAGCACACAAACAGGUGGGCAAACUGAUGGAGAGUCCAGUCUGUACAGUGAGAAGUGGGUAAAUGUGGUAUCAUUUGCAGGGGCAGGAAGUAAAACAGUUUGUCACAGUGGAGUGGGGGAUUCACAGUUAUCAACAUCCCCUUUUCACCACUAAGAGCAUUAAGAAAGCUAUUCUCCUGGGCACUGGGCAGGCUUAAUCCUGCACUCAGUCACUGGUGAAGCUGCCUGUGUUGGAAAUGGUGCAGGAUUAGACUCCAGCUGCUGUUGAUUCCUGUGCUAACUGGUCGUCAUGGCAUUUAAGCAUGUCUUUUUUGUACUUUGGCAGACUUACCCUUGAACACACGUAUCUAUGCAUUGGGCUACUCAGCCAGAAAUUGUCUUGUUAUCAUUCAUUAUUCAAAAGACUGCAUUUAAUCCAUGUGCCUUCCAAUGAAACUGUACAGAUACAAGCAUACAUGUAUAAUUGUUUACAUAUAUGCAUAGAGACAGAAAGAUAUUUGGCCACAUCAUCAUAUAUUUUUAUGUGUAUAGAGACAGAGACAUGAGGUCUGAGCUGUAGAUGAUUGUGGUAGGUAGGAAUCCUUAUUGUGGCUUUUGGGAGUUUUAAAUCAAAUUCACUGUACACACAUGGAACAAUAAACUAGUUUUUUGGGUUUUUU